AUGUCUGCGUCAGGAGUUGAUGCUGUUUUGGUGUGGAGAGGAAGCUCAGUUUUUCACUCCCCUUUCAACCUCAUCGUCAGAAUUCAGAACAAAAACGCGGGAACCUUCCCGCGAUCCCCCAAUGGAGCAGUGGCUGCCGCUGUUCCGCCACCUCCUCGUCUCCCCGCCCGCCAACGCCGCCGCCUUCUCCUCUUCCCCUCUUCUGGAGACUGCCCCAGCGCGCCUCCCCCGGCCGCCGCGCUCCUGCGCCUCCUCCUCCUGCCAGCGCCCACGCUCCCCGCCUCCGCCUCCGACCCCACGGCCGCCAUCCUCUUCCAGACCCUACCGCCCUUCCUCCAGUCCCAGGCGCUGUCCUUCCUCGCCUCUUCCGCUGACCUCCUCGACCCGCACCUCCUCCGCACCCUCGCCGCCCGCGUCCUCUCCGCCCAGCCUGGCCGAUAUGGACUAUGGGUCCGCCGCGGCGCCCGCCACCUGAUCGACGGAUUGCCUGAAGAGGUGGGCGUCCCUGGUGUUGACUCCGAUGAGUUUAUCGAUGGGUUUCACGAUCCGCCAACGUGGCUUAAAGAAGCGGCCGCGCGGGCGCAUCCUGUCCUGCCGUGGCUCCCCGUUGAUUGCCGGAGCUUGAUGGGGAGCGGGAGCGGGACCCGUGCUGGUCGUGGUGGUGGGGAUGGUUUGGACGGGAUUGGGUUGGAGACCUUGGUGUUGGUGCAAGACGAGGACGUGGAGAUGCAGGAGGCGCCUGGACGUGUUCUUCCUCCUCAGGCUCCUCCGCUUGAGAACUCAAUCGUGCAGAGGGUCCUGGCUAUGCGGAAGGAGAUUGUGACAGUGGAAUCUGUCUUGUCGGCUCAGCGGGUGGCGAAGGAUUUGCAGGACCUUUGCGUUCAGUCCAGGAAUGCUGCUGAAGUGCUUAGCUUAGUACGGCCGUGGGAAGCCGAUGAUGACACUCUGAGGGUCUUGCUUUCCAACUUAGUGCUUGAGGGAGAUGGAGUGGAUGGAAAAGGACCAGCACUUGUUCUGUGUUCUGUUUUCCUACCACAGUUACUCGAGCUUCAAAGACCAGCUUCAUCGGUUCUCCUUUCCACUGCAUUGGGUCUCUGCAAGCGCCAUCCAGCUGCAGCACUGGAAGCUGUACUGUUUCCACUGGUUCUUAGAAAGGCGGGCUAA